AUGCCAAUAUCCCCGGUGGACAAAGGCACUACUACUGAGGCAGAAGGCUCCGCACCGCCACUGGAGCGGUGCGCAAACAAUUGUCGACCUCUCAAAGACACACCUCUGCCAUGGGGUCAGCUGUCUAUUAUUUGCGUCGUCCUGCUCACGGAGAGCAUUUGCUGGAGCGUGUUGCUUCCUUUUAUGCCCUCCUUUAUUGCGUAUAUUAAGGGUUGGGACGUUGACAGCUCUGGCUAUGCGUCAGGUUUUCCUGUUGGCCUCUUUAUGCUGGGACAGGUUGUGAGUGGCAAACUAUGGGGCAUGCUCAGUAACAUGAUCGGCCGCAAGGUGACCAUCGUUCUUGGUGUAUCUGGCUGUGCUAUUUGCAUGUUCUUUUUUGGACUUAGCGGCAGCCUGUUGGCCAUGUGCUUUUGGCGCUUCAUGCAUGGCUUGUUGGGCGGUUGCUCGAUUGUUGCCAAGACGAUGAUCAGUGACUUGACCGAUACGACGAAUCGAGCGAAGGGACUGGCGCUCGUCAGUCUAACGUGGGGCGUCGGAACCCUGAUAGGUUCAGCUGUCGGUGGCGUUCUCUACAACCCUGCUUCCAGUUCAGCACUAGCCUUAUUGCAUAUUUCUUCAACUAGCUUCGUUGGCAGCCACCCCGCCUUUCUUCCCAGUGCUGUUGUGGCAGCAUACAGCUUUUUUGCAGUGGUAAUCUGUGUCAUGUGCUUGCAGGAGAGCUACAGGGAUGCUCGGCCGCUACGCGACGUGCUGCCGCCGUUCAUUGUGAAAUUUAUGGCCCCUGUGCUGAGGUUUGUGCAGCCGCGACUGCCGUGCGACUGCAACGCAACCGAUGUAACGGCCAUGUGCGCGGACGACCACAAUGAAACCAGCAGCAGUGCACCCCAGAAGCCGCCUCCCACAGCUGCACGUCCUACGCCGGCUUCUCCUACGCCACAUACCCCCUUCGGCUUCAAGCAAGCCUUUUUGAACCCGCUGCUGCGGCGUGUCUGCAUCAUCUCGAUGCUCAUCGCAACAUCGGACAUGAUGUUCACAGAGAUUUUCCCGCUCUGGGUGGCAUCCGACGUUCGGAACGGUGGCCUACAUCUGUCGCCGUUCCAGAUAUCGAUCCUGGUACUGAUGAACGCCGCUCCUUCAGUGCUCGCAAACGUCGUCUUUGCCCCGGUGAUCCAGUAUGCGGGGGGUCCUGUGCGGUUGUGUAUUGCCGCUCAGCUCAUGUACGCCUUUUUUACGGCCAUGGUACCGACGGCCAGCUCCCUCGGCAAGAGGACUCGCUUCUGGUACACAAUGGUCUUUGGUAUGCUACGCAAGGCAAUGGAGGCCUGGAACUAUGCACUCACCAUGGUCAUGGUGUCACUUACAGCACCGCAAGGCAUGGUGGCCAUCAUGUUCGGUAUUCAGCAAUCGCUAGUGUGCUUGGUUCGCUGUGUGGUGCCUUUAAUAUUUGCCCCGGUCUUCGCGUGGUCGAUUGCGAAACCGCAUCCUUUUCCCUUCAAUCAUUAUUUAGUGUUUCUUCUGAGCGUCAUUCCGCUAGUAAUUGGUGCCUACAUCGCCACCCACGUCUACGUUCUGUCCUCUUACAGUGGUGACGGAGAGGAGGAGGAGGAGGAGGAACUCGAGGACUCAUCGGAUAGGGUCGGCGUCGGCAACGGGGGGCAGAACUCUAGACUUAACUCGGCAUGCGGAUCCUUGUGCUCAAUUUACAGUCUCUUCGGAUCCGUCUCUUGCGACGUCCCGGCGCGCGAAUCUCUCCUUCGCAACUCCGCCGCGAACUCGCUUGUGACACUCUCUAGUCCAGCGAUGACGCAGCACACCAUAUUUGAAUUUCCGACUGGUUCUCCCCUACUGAUGGCCGUCGAGGACGCCGCAAGUGCUGCAAGAAUGCAGCCUGACGAGGCUGGCGACUCCCGUGAUAACUCUAGCCAAGAGGGCGACGAAGUGGACAACAAUACCGAAUACGCAUCUCUUGCAGACGAAAUGGCGGUGAUACCAGUAGUCCCUCGAGAUGGCGUGCUUGAACAAGAGGAUAUCCGUAUUGCUCAGCGCAGUACACUGCUAGAGAACGAGGAGCUCCCCGCUUAG